AUGCAGAUCAACGAUUCAGCCCUCCCUCUUGGUUCGGUCGUUGUGGUCAUUGGAGCAAAUGGCCACAUCGCCGCCGAGACUUGCGAGAAGCUGCUUCAGGCAGGCUUCCGUGUCCGUGGAACUGUUCGAGAUGUUCACCGGCAGGCUUGGAUGGGCAAGCUCUUCGAUCCUCAAUGGCCUGGGAUGUUCGAGCUGGUCAAGGUAGAGGACUUUGGGAGGGAUGGGGCCUUCGAUACAGCUUUCGAGGGAGCUGCUGGGGUCAUUUACGCCUCGCCACCCGUCCAGUUCAGUGCCGAGCCAGCAAAGUCUAUCGCUCCAAUCAUCCAGACCAUCACCAACACUCUCUCUGCCGCGUCCUCGCAAUCCUCGAUCAAGCGUUUCGUUCUCGUGUCCUCCUCGAUGGCCGUUCAAAACGUCAUUCACGACCAGCCUCGACGUCUCACUCGGCAAAUGUUCAACGACGCUGCUAUUAUCAGAUCUCUCUGUCAGGCCGAUGCGGACCCGCUCAGCGUCUACAGUGCAGGACGCACUCUGGCAGAACUGUCUUUCUGGACCUGGGUCGAAGAGCACAACCCCAAAUUCAUCGCCAACGUUGUCGUCCCGGAUGCAAAUUUUGGCCGACUGUUGAAUCCAGACACCGACACUGGCCUCGCAACAAGUAUCAUGGGAAUGCUGAAGAGAGCCGCGGCCGGGGAGCUGCAUGCAGUCAAUCCAAUAAGCCACGUUGUUGAUGUCCAGGACACCGCCCGCCUUUUGGUGGCAGCGGUGGCUCUGCCCGACGUGCAAGGCGAGCGCGUCUUUGCAUACCACCGAAUAGAGAAUUGGGCAUCCCUGCGUGCUAAGAUCCGUGCUCACCGGUCAGACGUCGUCGUAGGCGAGGAUCGAGCCAACGAAGGCAUCGACCUGGCAGAUGCCAGUGCCGCAAUCGCACGCUCCGACGAGCUGCUCAGAAGACUUGGGCGACCCGGAUUUACGAGCGUCGAUCAAAUGCUGGGAGACUUUGUGGCUUCAUGUUACUGA